AUGAGCUCGCCCAAACCCUUAGUUUCUUCCGUCUCCGUGUUGUCGGCUAGUAAUGCUGCCAACAAACUAAAACCAAGAUCUAAACCUAAACCUUUAGCUGGAGAUCCACCAACUUCAACGACAGAAAAGGAAAAUCAAGAUCCCCAAUCGAGCGAAGAUUCCGAGAGAGGGCGUCCUUCAGCUUGUGUGUUUGUGGCUAGCCUUUGUUCUACCACCGCUGAUGACGACUUGUGUGUUUCAGUAACAAACUUGUUUGAAAAAUGGGGCAAGAUCACCAGGGUUAAAGUGCUUCGCGACACAAGAAACCGCCCCUAUGCUUUCGUUCAGUAUACAAACGACAAGGAUGCCGCCGCUGCCAUCAAGGAAGCUCAGGGUGCCUUCCUUGACUCCAGAAAGAUUCGUUGUGAACCAGCAAAGGUUAAUCGUACCUUGUUUCUUCUGCUGCCUAGACCAAUUGCAAACGACGAUAUCACCAAAUCUCUCGGAGAAUUUGGUCCUAUCGAACGGCUUGUUUCUAGCAUGUACUUCACCAACCCAGAAAAAUCUCCAUCCCCCUUCUCCAAAGGAUGGUACUGUCAAUUUGUUUACCGUGAUGAUGCCAUCACCGCAUUUGCAUCGCUCAGUGAAAGCGAUAAAUAUUCUAUUGAAUGGGCCCAAAAUAUCGACACCCUCAAGGCGGCCCAGUUAGGUGACUCAAUCAAGCCCAAGUUCGAUAGAUGUGCGAUCUUUAUUGGCCAGUUGUCGUCCGACACCACGGAGAAAGAAUUGCGUGAACGGUUUAAACCUCACGGCGAAAUUGAAUCUCUAUCCAUCAUCAAUAAUCGUGAUUUCAACACGUUUGCGUUCUUACGUUACACCACCGAAAGGAGUGCAGCCAAGGCAGUUGAGGCGGAAAACCAUUCAUUGUUCAAGAGAAGAACCAUGCAUGUUCAGUUCAGAGAGUUUGGUUCGACGAAAAAGUUCAACUAUUCCGCGAAUGGAGUAGCAUUGGCACCGCCUCCGAUUCGGUUUGGACGCAAACUUGCAACUGUUAGAGAAAGGACCCCUGCUAACCAUCUGCAGAGGGACGGCGGUCGAAACUUUGAAAGAGGGCAAGGAGACGGUCGUGGCCCUGAAAGAGUUAACGAACAUCGUCGUCUUGAUAGAAGGAGUGAUGGUGGGCAUAGAGCUAAUGAAAGCAGGUAUGAGGGCAGGUAUGAGGGAAGAAGUGAGGCUGAUCGCAAUCCUGGCAGAGGGCAUGAAAAUCAACGGUGGAAUAGGGCUCCUAGAGAAUACGGGUCUUAUGCCCCCCCAUAUUCAUCCGAGCCAUAUGCACAAGUUACGCCAAACAAGUACGGUCCAUUAUCGCCAGAAGCGCAACGGUUCAACAGGAGACUCAAUGGCUCGUAUCCCAACGACAUGGAUUCGCGCAACCCUGCUCCUACCACUCCGUUCUACUACUACGUUCCUGACACCCUGUACUACGGAGGAUAUCCAUAUUAUCUGCCAGGAAUGUAUUCACAAGAUGAGCAGAAAGGAAAAGAGGUCUAG